UUAUGUACGUAAUGUAAUAUAAAUAUAAAAAUGAAGGUGGCGAUGGUGAUGGUGAUGAGUGGUGAAGCAUUGUGAGCAUGUGAUUUGAUGAAUUGGAUUCUUGUUCUCUGUUAAGAAAAAAAAGCUGCUGAUUCUUUUUUCCUUCACUUUCUUUUGUUUGCCAUUAAAAAAAAAAUUCAAAAAAAAAAAAAAAGAGAUCUAAUUUCUCUGCUAUAAAGUCAGAAAUAAAGAAUUCAUGUCUGAUUUUGCCUUUAAAGUCCUCUGAAUUUUGCAUCCUAAGAAAAAAGUUUUUUAAUUUUUAUUUUUUGGGUUAACCUGUAUUGUUCAUUUCUAGGGUUUUCUUUAUUGUAACUUAAAAAAUGCUCUCUUUGUGUAAUUUUGUGCUGUUUUAGAUCUCCAUUUGUUUCGAGGGUUUUGUUGCUCGAUCUGUUUAUCUCAUGUUUGAAUUGUAAUCGUUCAUUUAGGGUUGUCUCGUAUUUUGUUAAUUUUUGUUGGAUUAUAGCUCAUUUUGGUAGAACUUUAUUAUUGUCUGUGUUCUAGGGUUUUCUUUUGCAAUCCAAAAAUUUGGAUUUUUUAGUGCUGCAAAACCUUGAUAUCUUAUUCUCUUUAUUUUAGUGAAAAAUCACUACUUGGAUAUUGUGUUUCUGGGUUUGUGCUAGUUUUUUUUUUUUUUUUUCUUUUCUUGAGAUUUUUCUAGAUGGAUAAGGAUAAAGGUCAUAGUGGUGGUUUACCACCACCGUCAGGUCGGUUUUCUAGUUUUUCACCAACUGGAAGUUCUUUCAAUGUGAAACCUGAGCCAUCGUCAGCCGCUGCAUUGCCACCUAUAGCUCCUGGUUCCAGUUCAGACCCUAGUCAUUUCGGUCAUGGAUCAGAUUCUAGUCGUUUUAGUCAUGAUAUAAGUCGAAUGCCUGAUAACCCACCUAAGAAAUUGGGGCAUAGAAGAGCUCAUUCAGAGAUUUUGACUCUUCCUGAUGAUAUUAGCUUUGAUAGUGAUCUUGGUGUAGUAGGUGGUGCCGAUGGACCUUCUUUCUCUGAUGAGACUGAGGAAGAUUUGUUUUCAAUGUAUCUUGAUAUGGAUAAAUUCAAUUCGUCCUCAGCUACAUCUGCUUUUCAAUUAGGGGAGUCAUCAAUUCCGACACCAGCAGCAUUGGCAUCGGCAUCAGCACAAGCGCCUGCAACAGUUGAUGUGGGUGCUGGGCCUAGUGAAAGGCCAAGAAUUAGACACCAACACAGCCAGUCAAUGGAUGGCUCAACCACUAUCAAGCCAGAAAUGCUUAUAUCAGGUGCAGAAGAAGUCUCUCCUGCUGAUACGAAGAAAGCUAUGUCUGCCGCUAAGCUUGCUGAACUUGCUCUUAUUGACCCCAAACGUGCAAAAAGGAUCUGGGCAAAUAGGCAAUCAGCUGCAAGGUCAAAGGAAAGGAAGAUGCGGUAUAUUGCUGAACUUGAGAGGAAAGUGCAGACACUGCAAACAGAAGCAACAUCAUUGUCCGCUCAAUUGACUUUAUUACAGAGAGAUACAAAUGGCCUGACUGCUGAAAAUAGUGAACUUAAAUUGCGCUUGCAAACAAUGGAGCAACAGGUCCACUUGCAAGAUGCAUUAAAUGAUGCAUUGAAAGAAGAAAUUCAGCAUCUGAAGGUGUUGACUGGUCAAGCUAUGGCCAAUGGUGGACCUAUGAUGAACUAUAAUUCCUUUGGAACAGGCCAGCAAUUCUAUCCCAACAAUCAUGCCAUGCACACACUAUUGACUACCCAGCAGUUUCAACAGCUCCAAAUUCAUUCUCAGAAACAGCAACAUCAAUUUCAGCAGCAUCAAUUGCAUCAGCUUCAGCAGCAACAACAACUGCAGCAGCAACAGCAACAUCAACAGCAGGAACAGCAGCAACAAUCUGGUGACUUGAAGAUGAGGGGAACGAUGUCUUCUCCGAACCAGAAAGAUAAUUCGUCAGAUGUUAAUUCUACUUCAGCGAAUGAGUGAGAAGGGAUGGCCUUUUGAGCAUUGUACAAGGGUCUCGGCUUUUGUAUAAAAUCCUAGUUUCAGUCUGCUGUCAGAUAGGAUGAUGCCCUUAGUCUUUCUUUCCUGUCCUCCAAACCUGUCAUUUUAUUAAUUUUUUUCCCGGUCUGUUUAGGUGUACACAUUUAUAUUACAUUUAUUUUAGGCAGUUCUAUAUUCUGAGAAUAGUUUGAGACUGGGUUAUAUUAUAUAUACGGGUUAUAGUUUAUGUA